GAGCGCUGGGGCGCUGAUGGAGGAGGCCCUGCAGAAGGCGCUCGGGUCCUCAGGCCUCGAGGUGCGGGACCUCGACGGGCUGGUGGCGGUGCCGUCCCUCUCGGAGCCCCGCUUCAUGGAGGCGCACUACCUGGCCACGCGGGUGGGGCUGCUCCCCCGGAAGGGCGUGCUGGCGCGCACCUUGGACACCGGCGGUGCCGGGCCGGUGAGCGGCCUGCUGCUCGCUGCGCGCAUGGUGCGGGAGGAGCGCUGCCGCGCGGUGGCGGUGGUCGCGGGGGACGCGGUGUCCUCGAUGGACACGGCG